AUGGGCACUAUUCAAGAAGCUAUUCACCAUGGCAUGAUUGCCGCUGAUUUUCUUUGGACCACUAAACGAGUUGUCCAGGCUAUCGAGCUGUGGAACGAGUGCUUAACACUACUAAACAACAAAAUCUUAGAAAAUGAACAUGGACUUGCCACAAUAGUGCGUAUAGCGCUGAACAAGAGGCUGUUUUAUGGAAAUGCUGCUAUUACGAAACUUUCACCAGCUAUAGAAUCUGGCAAAAAGCUUUUAGUCCUACUUCGUAAUCUUAGGAGAAAAAAAAAAGAAGGUAACACAGCCUUGAUGUUAUCAAAACUGUACCUCCAAAAAAGUGAAUACCAGGAAGCACAAGCCGUCCUCAAAAUUGCACUCUGCGUUUACAAAGAAAUCGAAGACAAAGACGGAGAAGCGUCAUGCUACGUAAACCUAGGAGCUGUGUUUCUAUCUGUCGGAGAAUAUGCCAAGGCUGAAGAAUAUCUUCAUAAAGCACUUACCAUCAACACAGAAAUUGGCGACAGAAACGGAGAAGCGACAUGCUACGGAAACCUAGGAGCUGUGUUUCAAUCUGUCGGAGAAUAUGCCAAGGCUGAAGAAUAUCUUCAUAAAGCACUUACCAUCAAGACAAAAAUUGGCGACAGAAACGGAGAAGCGACACGCAGGCUACGGAAGCCUAUAAAAUGUGUUUGAAUCUGUCGGAGAAUAUGCCAAGGCUGAAGAAUAUCUUCAUAAAGCACUUACCAUCAAGACAGAAAUUGGCGACAGAAAGGGAGAAGCGACAUGCUACGGAAACCUAGGAAAUGUGUUUCAAUCUGUCGGAGAAUAUGGCAAGGCUAAAGAAUAUCUUCAUAAAGCACUUACCAUCAAGACAGAAAUUGGAGACAGAAACGGAGAAGCGACAUGCUACAGAAACCUAGGAAAUGUGUUUCAAUCUGUCGGAGAAUAUGGCAAGGCUGAAGAAUAUCUUCAUAAAGCACUUACCAUCAAGACAGAAAUUGGCGACAGAAAGGGAGAAGCGACAUGCUAUGGAAACCUAGGAAAUGUAUUUCAAUCUGUCGGAGAAUAUGCCAAGGCUGAAGAAUAUCUUCAUAAAGCACUUACCAUCAACACAGAAAUUGGCGACAGAAACGGAGAAGCGACAUGCUACAGAAACCUAGGAAAUGUGCUUCAAUCUGUCGGAGAAUAUGGCAAGGCUGAAGAAUAUCUUCAUAAAGCACUUACCAUUAACACAGAAAUUGGCGACAGAAACGGAGAAGAGACAUGCUACGGAAACCUAGGAAAUGUGUUUCAAUCUGUCGGAGAACAUGCCAAGGCUGAAGAAUAUCUUCAUAAAGCACUUACCAUCAACACAGAAAUUGGCGACAGAAACGGAGAAGCGACAUGCUACGGAAACCUAGGAAAUGUGUUUCAAUCUGUCGGAGAAUAUGCCAAAGCUGAAGAAUAUCUUCAUAAAGCACUUACCAUCAACACAGAAAUUGGCGACAGAAACGGAGAAGCGACAUGCUACGGAAACCUAGGAGCUGUGUUUAAAUCUGUCGGAGAAUAUGCCAAGGCUGAAGAAUAUCUUCAUAAAGCACUUACCAUCAACACAGAAAUUGGCGACAGAAAGGGAGAAGCGACAUGCUACGGAAACCUAGGAGCUGUGUUUCAAUCUGUCGGAGAAUAUGCCAAGGCUGAAGAAUAUCUUCAUAAAGCACUUACCAUCAAGACAGAAAUUGGCGACAGAAAGGGAGAAGCGACAUGCUACGGAAACCUAGGAAAUGUGUUUCAAUCUGUCGGAGAAUAUGCCAAGGCUGAAGAAUAUCUUCAUAAAGCACUUACCAUCAAGACAGAAAUUGGCGACAGAAACGGAGAAGCGACAUGCUACGGAAACCUAGGAGCUGUGUUUCAAUCUGUCGGAGAAUAUGCCAAGGCUGAAGAAUAUCUUCAUAAAGCACUUACCAUCAACACAGAAAUUGGCGACAGAGUGGGAGAAGCGUCAUGCUACGGAAACCUAGGAAAUGUGUUUCAAUCUGUCGGAGAAUAUGCCAAGGCUGAAGAAUAUCUUCAUAAAGCACUUACCAUCAACACAGAAAUUGGCGACAGAAACGGAGAAGCGACAUGCUACGUAAACCUAGGAAAUGUGUUUCAAUCUGUCGGAGAAUAUGCCAAGGCUGAAGAAUAUCUUCAUAAAGCACUUACCAUCAAGACAGAAAUUGGCGACAGAAACGGAGAAGCGACAUGCUACGGAAACCUAGGAAAUGUGUUUCAAUCUGUCGGAGAAUAUGACAAGGCUGAAGAAUAUCUUCAUAAAGCACUUACCAUCAACACAGAAAUUGGCGACAGAAACGGAGAAGCGACAUGCUACGGAAACCUAGGAAAUGUGUUUCAAUCUGUCGGAGAAUAUGCCAAGGCUGAAGAAUAUCUUCAUAAAGCACUUACCAUCAAGACAGAAAUUGGCGACAGAAACGGAGAAGCGACAUGCUACGGAAACCUAGGAGCUGUGUUUCAAUCUGUCGGAGAAUAUGCCAAGGCUGAAGAAUAUCUUCAUAAAGCACUUACUAUCAACACAGAAAUUGGCGACAGAAACGGAGAAGCGACAUGCUACGGAAACCUAGGAGCUGUGUUUCAAUCUGUCGGAGAAUAUGCCAAGGCUGAAGAAUAUCUUCAUAAAGCACUUACCAUCAACACAGAAAUUGGCGACAGAAACGGAGAAGCGACAUGCUACGGAAACCUAGGAAAUGUGUUUGAAUCUGUCGGAGAAUAUGCCAAGGCUGAAGGAUAUCUUCAUAAAGCACUUCCCAUCACGACAGAAAUUGGCGACAGAAAGGGAGAAGCGACAUGCUACGGAAACCUAGGAGCUGUGUUUGAAUCUGUCGGAGAAUAUGCCAAGGCUGAAGAAUAUCUUCAUAAAGCACUUACCAUCACGACAGAAAUUGGCGACAGAAACGGAGAAGCGACAUGCUACGGAAACCUAGGAGCUGUGUUUCAAUCUGUCGGAGAAUAUGCCAAGGCUGAAGAAUAUCUUCAUAAAGCACUUACCAUCAACACAGAAAUUGGCGACAGAAACGGAGAAGCGACAUGCUACGGAAACCUAGGAGCUGUGUUUAAAUCUGUCGGAGAAUAUGCCAAGGCUGAAGAAUAUCUUCAUAAAGCACUUACCAUCAACACAGAAAUUGGCGACAGAAAGGGAGAAGCGACAUGCUACGGAAACCUAGGAGCUGUGUUUAAAUCUGUCGGAGAAUAUGCCAAGGCUGAAGAAUAUCUUCAUAAAGCACUUACCAUCAAGACAGAAAUUGGCGACAGAAAGGGAGAAGCGACAUGCUACGGAAACCUAGGAAAUGUGUUUCAAUCUGUCGGAGAAUAUGCCAAGGCUGAAGAAUAUCUUCAUAAAGCACUUACCAUCAACACAGAAAUUGGCGACAGAAACGGAGAAGCGACAUGCUACGGAAACCUAGGAAAUGUGUUUCAAUCUGUCGGAGAAUAUGCCAAGGCUGAAGAAUAUCUUCAUAAAGCACUUACCAUCAACACAGAAAUUGGCGACAGAGUGGGAGAAGCGUCAUGCUACGUAAACCUAGGAGCUGUGUUUCUUUCUGUCGGAGAAUAUGCCAAAGCUGAAGAAUAUCUUCAUAAAGCACUUACCAUCAACACAGAAAUUGGCGACAGAAACGGAGAAGCGACAUGCUACGGAAACCUAGGAGCUGUGUUUCAAUCUGUCGGAGAAUAUGCCAAGGCUGAAGAAUAUCUUCAUAAAGCACUUACCAUCAACACAGAAAUUGGCGACAGAAACGGAGAAGCGACAUGCUACGGAAACCUAGGAAAUGUGUUUAAAUCUGUCGGAGAAUAUGCCAAGGCUGAAGAAUAUCUUCAUAAAGCACUUACCAUCAAGACAGAAAUUGGCGACAGAAACGGAGAAGCGACAUGCUACGUAAACCUAGGAGCUGUGUUUCAAUCUGUCGGAGAAUAUGCCAAGGCUGAAGAAUAUCUUCAUAAAGCACUUACCAUCAACACAGAAAUUGGCGACAGAAUGGGAGAAGCGACAUGCUACGGAAACCUAGGAAAUGUGUUUCAAUCUGUCGGAGAAUAUGCCAAGGCUGAAGAAUAUCUUCAUAAAGCACUUACCAUCAACACAGAAAUUGGCGACAGAAAGGGAGAAGCGACAUGCUACGGAAACCUAGGAAAUGUGUUUCAAUCUGUCGGAGAAUAUGCCAAGGCUGAAGAAUAUCUUCAUAAAGCACUUACCAUCAACACAGAAAUUGGCGACAGAAAGGGAGAAGCGUCAUGCUACGGAAACCUAGGAGCUGUGUUUCAAUCUGUCGGAGAAUAUGCCAAGGCUGAAGAAUAUCUUCAUAAAGCACAUACCAUCAACACAGAAAUUGGCAACAGAGUGGGAGAAGCGUUAUGCUACGGAAACCUAGGAGCUGUGUUUGAAUCUGUCGGAGAAUAUGCCAAGGCUGAAGAAUAUCUUCAUAAAGCACUUACCAUCAACACAGAAAUUGGCGACAGAAAGGGAGAAGCGACAUGCUACGUAAACCUAGGAAAUGUGUUUGAAUCUGUCGGAGAAUAUGCCAAGGCUGAAGAAUAUCUUCAUAAAGCACUUACCAUCGAGACAGAAAUUGGCGACAGAAACGGAGAAGCGACAUGCUACGGAAACCUAGGGGCUGUGUUUCAAUCUGUCGGAGAAUAUGCCAAGGCUGAAGAAUAUCUUCAUAAAGCACUUACCAUCACGACAGAAAUUGGUGACAGAGUGGGAGAAGCGUUAUGCUACGUAAACCUAGGAGCAGUGUUUGAAUCUGUCGGAGAAUAUGCCAAGGCUGAAGAAAAUCUUCAUACAGCACUUACCACCAACACAGAAAUUGGCGACAAAGACAGAGAAGCGUCUCGCUACGUAAAGCUUAAAAACACAUCUCAAGCCUUAUCGCAUCUCUGGUCAAGCAUUCAACUUUACGAAAAAAUGCUUACUUCUCUAGGAAGCAAAGAUAGCCACAAUAUAUUAUUUUUUGACAAGAACGCGUCUCCCUAUCGGCGGUUUUGUUCAUUGAGUUGUUCUUGUGGGAAACCCUAUGAAGCUUUACACGCUGCUGAACUUGGACGGGCCAGAGCUCUAGCAGAACUUAUGUCAAAUCGCUACUCCAUUGAAAAAGAAAUAUCCAUCAACCCACAAUCGUUUGUUGGCAUCGCGGAAGUAAUUAAGAAAAAUGGCAACAGCACCUGCCUCUACAUCUCCUAUGACUACGAUGACAAUAUAUUUUUGUGGGUUUUGAAACAAAACAAACCGGUAGCUUUCCGAAGAACGAAACUUUGUGAAAGCUAUGUUAGCAAGCAUGGCAAAAUCUCUGUGUAUGACCUGUUUGGAAACGAAAACUUAUUAAGAAAAUUUCACGUUUUACCUCAAGAGCAAUGCGAAGACCGAUCACUCUUCUCUUCAUUCGCAAACCAACUUACAAACGAAUCAAAUCUGGAAGAUAGUCACUCAACCUUGCGUCCUCUUUUAGAUGAGGCAGAAGUAUACACGGACCCUGAACCGCCAACACUUUUUCAGGUUUACAACAUGUUGAUUGCUCCCGUGAGUGACUUGCUAGAAGGAUCUGAAAUCAUUGUUGUUCCUGAUCGCUGCUUCUUCCAAGUUCCGUUUGCAGCAUUACACGAUGAAAGUAGCCGCUAUUUAUCAGAUUCUUUCAGGAUACGAAUUGUCCCUUCUUUGACGACUCUCAAGCUCAUUCUGGACAGUCCAGCCGACUCUCACAGCGAAACUGGUGCUUUGAUUGUGGGUGAGCCAAGAGUGACGGAUGUGUAUUUCAAGGGAGUGUUAAGGUAUCUCUGUCCAUUGCCUGGCGCGAAAGGGGAAGCAGAGAUGAUUGCGAGACUACUACCUGAAUCUCACCUUUUAAUAGGAGAGCAAGCAACAAAGCAGGCGGUUCUUCAGAGAAUACCCUCAGUGAGCCUCGUACAUUUUGCUGCUCAUGGUGAUGCCGAAAGAGGAGAAAUUGCUCUUACCCCGCUGACUCCACAGUGGAGUUUCCACACGAAGCAGACUACUUACUGUCAAUGA